UUUUUUUUUUGCCUCUUAUCUCACACUCCAACUGUGCAACUUCUCCAUGGCACACCACCAACCUUUCCGGAUUCAUACCCCAUUUAUCUCUGGCCCCCACAUCUGCUUGGGCUGCAAUCAGUUCUUCAACCAGGUCCUCCACCGCCAGCCUGGCUGCUAGCAUCAAGGCUGUGGUCCCGUCCUCUGUCCGUGCAUCCACUGCAGUCUGUCUGCUGCGGAGCAAGAGCUGGGGAGCCAAAGAGGGACAGUGACCCUUGGUCCACGGGUGUCCACGUCAGGGGCAUCCAUCUCAGAUUCCUGGGGAGGAGUCAGCAUAGCUGCCUGGGGGAGCUCUUGACAGUCACCACUCAGAGGACAGAGCUGGCACUUAGAUGGACCAUUUCUGUCCCAGUGCUUUCACCUGGCCUACCUCUUCGCCUUCCUUGGUGCCUGUACACAUCACAACUCCGUCCUCCUCAACCUCUGCCUCUGGCUUCAGUGCCCUGGAAGCAGGAAAGAGUCUCUCCAUGAGCCCGGGUUCAUCCUCACUCUUACCUGAGGCCGAUGCUAUCUUCACCGAGGGGAGGCCUGCGUCUGCGGGGAGCCGGCUGAGUUCGAGGCCUUCGAAUGAACCCAGGAGGCAGCCAGAGAGCCCCAUGCUCUCGGCGCCGCCGCCGGAUGAGCUGAAGGACGAGAAGAGCAGCAAGGGCCAGGAGGAGCCCCCCAGCCACUGGUGUUCAGCUGCCUCCUGCCCCGUGUCUCCCCCGCCCUGAGGAAAUGGAGGAUUGCUGCAGGGGCUCUUCGCUCUCCUGUCUCACCUCCGUGCUUCUCCUCUUCCACCUGCCUGCUGGGGGGUCUGCAGAGAAUUUCGUGGUGUUUGGCCCCUCGGACCCUAUUGUGGCAGUGCUGGGUGGGAACAUCAUGCUGUCCUGUCGAGUGUCCCCAGCCAUGGAUGUAGAGACCAUGGAGCUGCGGUGGUUCCGCUCCAAGUUCUCGGAAGUGGUGUUCAUCUAUGAAAACCAGCAGGAACAGAAAGAGGGCCAGCUGGAACAGUACACAGGGCGGACCUCACUGGUGAAGGACUUCCUCAGCAGGGGGGAGGCCGCUGUGCUUAUCCAGAAGGUCCAGGCUUCUGACAACGGGAUGUAUACCUGCUUCUUCAGAAAGGGAAGUUUCUAUGAAGAGGCCAAUUUGGAGCUGAAGGUGGCAGGUGUGGGCUCUGCCCCUCAAGUGCGCAUCACAGGGCCAGAGGAGGACGGGGUCCAAGUGGUGUGCAUGACCUCAGGGUGGUUCCCGAAGCCCCAGGUACAGUGGAGAGCUGUUAAUGGGGAGAAGUUCCUGUCAUUCUCUGAGACUUAUACCGAAGACGCGGAAGGACUAUUCAGUGUGGAGGCUGCUCUGGUGGUGAGGGACAGCUCUUCCAGGAACAUAACCUGCUCGGUCCUCAACCCCGUCCUGGACCAGAAGAAGACAAUGGCCAUUUUCAUCCCAGAGCCCUUUUUCCCCCAGGCCUCUCCCUGGAAGUCAGCUUUCAUAGUGAGCCUGAUGGUGCUGAUGCUCCCACUCAUUGGGGCUACCUAUUACACCAAGAGAGAACAUACUGCAAAGAGGCAGGCGCAACAGGAAUGGGAGACACUGCACAGAGACAAGGAGGAGGACCGGCGGACAAAGGACGAGGCCCUGAAGGCCAGAGAUGCACUCCAAAGAGAGCUCGACAGCAGGAAAUCCAUUUACCUGGCUGGCUGGAAGAAGGCGCAGUUAUAUGCAGACUGGCGGAAAGAGAAGUUCCAGGCCUUGUCUGUCACUCUGGAUCCAGAGUCUGCACACCCUUCCCUUGCUGUCUCUGGUGGAAAGACUAGUGUGACCCUGAAGGACACGAGUGAGGACCCAGCAGAACCCUGUAGCAUUGUGGGCCAGGAGGCCAUCACAUCAGGGUGCUCUUAUUGGGAGGUGGAGAUCAGGAAUGGAAACAGAAGCAAUUGGAAUCUGGGGGUUUGUAGGGGAGAUGCAGAGAGACAGGGCUGGUACAGAGAGGGCCCAGAAAAGGGGUUCUGGGUUGUGGGGAAAUAUGAACAUAAUUUCUGUGCCCUUGUCCUCCCUAAUGAUCAGGUAAUCUGUGAGGAAAUUCCCCAGAGGGUGGGGGUUUUCAUAGACCUCGAAGAAGGGGAUGUCUCCUUCUAUAACAUGACUAAGAACUCUCACCUUUUCUCCUUCUCUCUACCUUCCUCCUCGGGAACUCUGUUUCCAUACUUCAUGGUUAAGUCAGGAGAUGUGUCCCUGACCAUCUGCUCUGUGGUGGGUGGGCCUGCAGAGACCCCUGAGCCCCUUAACAAUCCUCCUUCUUCUUUGGAGGAGUCUGUGAGCCUCUCAGGGGAGGGGUUCAGCUCAGGCUCUGCUGUUGAUGUUGCUCUCCCAGGGGCCGACUCUCCAUUACUCCCCUGCAGCCCUGAGGCCAUGUCUCCAUAGGACGCCAACACUGUCCCAGACUCGUUAUGGUGGCUCUUCCUGGAGCUUCACAUUUCUUGGGACAAAAGCCUUUGAGGUUAGUCCUGGAUGACCUGGUGUCUUGCCCUCUUGUUCUGGAUGCAGACUCUGAGGUAUAGUUAUCAGAACAGUCAGUUCAUGGAGCAGCUGGGUGGCUCAGUAUGUUAAGUGUGUGACUUUAGCUCAGGUCAUGAUCUCGUGGUUUGUGGGUUC